AUGCCCUACUACAUCUCCGUCCUCCAAAUCAGCGCCGCCGACUCCGAGGCACCCACCGCCGCCCCCUCCGCCAUCGACCCGAUCUCCAUUAUGUCCAAACAAGGCUGCAAGGCCUUCACGGACCUUCUAAGAGGCUCCAAGGCCCUUCCAUCUUUCAAGGAAAACGUUGACGGCGGCUUAACGGUUUUCUGCCCCACCCACAGCACCGUCAGCGGUUUCGCGGCAAAGUACAAGAACCUGACCGAAGCUCAGAAGGUUUCACUUCUGUUAUACCACACGACUCCCGUAUACGAGUCACUGCAUAUGCUCAAGUCCAGCAACGAAAUAUUGAACAUUCUGGCCAUAGAGGGAGCGAACAAGUACGACUUCACGGUGCAGAGUGAAGGGGAAGACGUGAACCUCAAGACCAAAGUCAACACAACAGUGUACAUGACAUUGAAAUUGUCAAUAAUAAUACAGUGUGCUAACACUUAUGUAAAUAUAGGAACUACUUUUUACAUUUCAAAAAGAUAG